AUGACCAUAUCCCUUCGACAAAACAUUCUCAUUAUAAGCCACUCUAAACACUGUUCCAUUCCCAAUAUCCCAACAAAAUUUGCAAAGCAAACACCAACAAUGGCUGAUGAUUCACAGGAUGUACCCGACUGUGAAAAAAUAUUCAAGCGUUUUGAUGCCAAUGGGGACGGAAAAAUCUCGGCCUCGGAAUUGGGUGAGGCAUUGAAAACGCUCGGUUCUGUUACACCAGAUGAAAUCCAACGGAUGAUGGCUGAAAUUGAUACUGAUGGCGAUGGAUUCAUUUCUUACGAAGAGUUUGCGAAUUUCGCUCGAGCCAACAGAGGACUAGUGAAGGAUGUGGCCAAGAUUUUCUAA